CGGGCGGAGCGCUUCCCGGUGAAUCAUCGCCGGCAGCCGCAGUCCCGCUGCCCAGCUCCGGCCCGGCCGCGCCCCUGCCGCGCGCAGCACCGACACCGACUCCCCCGUGCGCCUCGAUCGCGCGCAGCGGACACCAUGGCGGGCAUCGCGGCCAAGCUGGCCCGGGACCGGGAGGCGGCCGAGGGGCUGGGCUCGCACGAGAGGGCCGUCAAGUACCUCAACCAGGACUACGAGGCGCUGCGGGACGAGUGCCUGCAGGCCGGGGUGCUCUUCCAGGACCCCUCCUUCCCCGCCGUGCCGGCCGCCCUGGGCUUCAAGGAGCUGGGGCCCUACUCCAGCAAGACGCAGGGCAUCGUGUGGAAGCGGCCCACGGAGAUCUGCGAUGACCCCCAGUUUAUUGUUGGAGGAGCCACCCGGACUGACAUCUGCCAAGGAGCCCUGGGUGACUGCUGGCUGUUGGCAGCCAUCGCCUCCCUCACCUUGAACGAAGAAGUCUUGGCGCGAGUCGUCCCCUUAAACCAGAGCUUCCAGGAAAACUACGCCGGGAUCUUCCACUUCCAGUUCUGGCAGUACGGCGAGUGGGUGGAGGUGGUGGUGGACGACAGGCUGCCCACCAAGAACGGGGAGCUGCUGUUUGUGCACUCGGCAGAGGGCAGCGAGUUCUGGAGCGCGCUGCUGGAGAAGGCCUACGCCAAGAUCAACGGGUGCUAUGAAGCGCUCUCCGGGGGCGCCACCACCGAGGGCUUCGAGGACUUCACGGGAGGCAUCGCCGAGUGGUACGAGCUGAAGAAGGCCCCGGCCAACCUGUUCAAGAUCAUUCAGAAGGCUCUGCAGAAAGGCUCUCUGCUGGGCUGCUCCAUCGAUAUCACCAGCAUUGCGGACUCGGAGGCCAUCACAUACCAGAAGCUGGUGAAGGGGCACGCGUACUCCGUCACAGGAGCCGAGGAGGUGGAAAGCCGAGGAAGCCUGGAGAAGCUGAUCCGCAUCCGGAACCCCUGGGGAGAGGUGGAGUGGACCGGGAAGUGGAAUGACAACUGCCCGAACUGGAACACCGUGGACCCAGAGGUGCGGGAAAGGCUGACCAGACGGCACGAAGACGGAGAAUUCUGGAUGUCUUUCAGCGACUUCCUGAGGCAGUAUUCCCGCCUGGAGAUCUGCAACCUGACUCCCGACACGCUCACGGCCGACAGCUACAAGAAGUGGAAGCUCACCAAGAUGGACGGGAACUGGAGGCGGGGCUCCACCGCGGGAGGCUGCCGGAACUACCCCAACACCUUCUGGAUGAACCCGCAGUACCUCAUCAAGCUGGAGGAGGAGGACGAGGACCAGGAGGACGGCGAGCGCGGCUGCACCUUCCUGGUGGGGCUCAUCCAGAAGCACCGGCGGCGGCAGCGCAAGAUGGGCGAGGACAUGCACACCAUCGGCUUCGGCAUCUACGAGGUUCCGGAGGAGUUGGCCGGACAGACCAACAUCCACCUGAGCAAGAAGUUCUUCCUGACGACCCGGGCGCGGGAGCGGUCCGACACCUACAUCAACCUGCGGGAGGUGCUCAACCGCUUCAAGCUGCCGCCGGGCGAGUACGUGGUGGUGCCGUCCACCUUCGAGCCCAACAAAGACGGGGACUUCUGCCUGAGGGUCUUCUCCGAGAAGAAAGCCGACUACCAGGUGGUCGACGACGAGAUCGAGGGUGACCUUGAAGAGCUCAAUGUCAGCGAGGACGACAUCGACGACGGGUUCAGGAGGCUGUUCGCCCAGCUGGCCGGGGAGGAUGCGGAGAUCUCGGCCUUCGAGCUGCAGACCAUCCUGAGAAGAGUUCUCGCCAAGCGCCAAGAUAUCAAGUCGGAUGGCUUCAGCCUGGAGACCUGCAAGAUCAUGGUUGACAUGCUGGAUUCCGACGGCAGCGGCAAGCUGGGCCUGAAGGAGUUCUACGUUCUCUGGACGAAGAUUCAAAAGUACCAAAAAAUUUACCGGGAAAUCGACGUGGACAGGUCUGGCACCAUGAACUCCUAUGAGAUGCGGAAAGCCUUAGAAGAAGCAGGUUUCAAGCUGCCCUGCCAGCUCCACCAGGUCAUCGUGGCUCGCUUCGCUGAUGACGACCUCAUCAUCGACUUCGAUAACUUUGUCCGCUGCUUGAUUCGCCUGGAGACGCUGUUCAGGAUAUUUAAGCAGCUGGACCCCGAGAACACAGGAACCAUACAGCUCGACCUGAUCUCUUGGCUCUGUUUCUCAGUACUUUGAAGUUAUACACAAAUUUGCCUGAAGACGCCUCGUGAAAGAAAAUCAGCCACGGACUAAGCUUUCACAGAGAAACUUUUAUCCGGACCUUGAUGACGGGAACAUUUACUUAAACCGAUGAUUAUAGCCGAACAUAACGAUACCAUUUGAGAUAGGAAAAGAUUUGCAUAUCAUUAGACUAAAUGCAAGCGAGUCGCUUAACCCUCGACCGGCUCAAAGAAAGCUUUAAAUCUGUACAUAGGAUACACUUUUUACUUUUACACACGGUCCCUUUAGAGCAAUAUUAAAUCAGGUAAAGAAACAUAAAAAUAAAAAUGCAGGGGUUUUAACAGCUGAGCAAACAUUCAGUCCAUCUCAGAGGACACAGGGUCCUGCUGGGAAUACUGAAAGCAACUUCCAGUUCAAAAAUGCAGCUUCGACAUUUACCAAAGAGCAGCUCAGGGCUCACCCGAUCCCUUAAGUAAAAUCAGAAAUACUAGGACGAUGGUCAACAGGGAUGCUGUCAAGGCCCCUGGAGCCAGUGAGAACGCCCACCGCCGUCUCCGGUUAAACAGGAGGCGGUUUCCAGGACACCGACUGGCAAACAGUAAGUCUGAGAUUCGAGUCCAUGUGUAUCCUACACUGAGUGUUAAAAAUACCGAAGGGAGGCCACGCGUGGCCGCGGACACAGAACACGGGACCCAGGCGUCCAGCGUGCACACCUGUUGUGAUGAAGACAAAACAAGCUGCUGCCUGCUCAAGCUCCCGCACUCAGCCACCUCCAGCACCGCGCACGGAGUGGGGGGGUCGCGCAGGGAGUGGGGGGUCGGGGCGAGGGAGCCCCGGGAGAGAACACAGUUCGUUCCUCGGCUCCCCUGGGGCUGCGCUGACACUAUGGGAAUGCUGCCUUGUUGCCUUACCUGCCGAAUGUGCUGUUAAAUAAAGAGUCGCCUGGCA